UGAUGAGAGACUGGAAACUGGAAAAUUUAUCAAAUGGGAAGGAAAUUUCCGCCGUUCCAUUCCGAACGAAAAAAGAGGACUACUUCUGGAGGUAGUCUAUCAUUACCGAACGGAUUUUCUGGAAAAUUACUGUUCCAUUUGACUUCAGUUCAACUGGAAUUUUUGGAUUUUCAAGCUAAAUGGUAAGCGCCCAAUCUCUCUGGUUUAAUGAAGGAGUUGACUGUCAAAAUAAUUUGUUCUUACCUGAUAAAAAGGGAACAAAAAAUUAAUUAUGUUUUGCAGAACUGACAAGAGUUUGUAGCUAUCCUCUUGGCGUCCAGAGCGGUCGCAUCAAAAAUGCUCAGAUUACUUCAUCAUCCAUGUGGGACCGCUACCACGCACCAUUCCUUGGACGACUGAAGCGCGUGCGCACUGGUCGGUACGUGGGAGGCUGGGCAGCCAGACACAACAAUCAUCACCAAUGGAUUCAGUUUGAUAUGCGCCGCAUCUACAAGAUCACCAUGUUAUCAACACAAGGAAGGAAAAUUGUCAAACAGUGGGUGACACGCUAUACGCUUGCACACAGUGUGGAUUGCGUGCACUUUGUACCUUACAAACAAAGAGAUCGACUGAAGUACUUCGUUGGAAACUAUGACGGAGCUUCAAUCGUCACGAGGACAUUGACUCCACCAAUGACAGCACGGUGUGUUCGUAUUCACCCUCGUGGUUGGUACAGACAUAUCUCCAUGAGAGUUGAACUACACGGCUGCACACCAGGUGAGAUGAAUACCUUGGGACUACAGAAAUCACUUGUCCAGUUAACAGGGUGUCUGCCUUAACCGGUUUGAUUUAUGAGAACCUUUCUUAAGACACUAAGUUUUUGCUGUCCGUUAUUAUAUGAGCUUCCGAUAUUGAGUUUUUACUUAGGUUACCUUUGCUCCUCCUGGAGUAUAGGUCAUCAAUGAGAGUCCUCCAAUGCUGUCUGUAAUGUCGUGUGCCAUAUUCUCCAGCUGAUCACUGUAUGUCUAACAUCUCCCUCUAGACGAUAUUGAGUGAUUACCCACUUAUGGGUUUCAACUGUAGUACUCCAAUAUUCAGUCAAGAUGAUAAGUAGAAAUAAGAGAGGAAAAUGUAAGUUCCAGCUACUCCAACACAGUCAUAACAAG